AUGUCGACAUCUGCCUCUUCUGACAGCCUGGGACAGGAAAUCCCCGUUAACGUCGAAGACUGCUUCACGGCCGUCCGCGCUCUGGAAACCGGAGUGAAAGAGCUCAAGGGUCAAAAGAAAAAUCCUGUCAAGGCCCAGUUCGCGAUCAUCGGUGGAGUGGCCGUCGCGGCGCUGACGCGCCCCUACGCUAACAAGUACCCGACCACCGUCAUCAAUUUUCCGAACGUGAUCAAGCGACAGACCAAGAUAAACCUUGAGCUCCAAAUUCAGGAUAAGAACACCCUUGCCGGCCUGUGGACUGCACUUAAUGGACUGGGUUAUCUCCCCCAUGGUGUUGACGACCCCAUUAGCGCUCCGGGGGGCAAUUUCAUGACAUCUGCUGAAGGAAAUAAGUAUCUCCUGGAUCGCGAAUACGACGCGACCGGACACAAGCGCUCCCGCAAACUGGCGCAAGUCCCUUUCGACAUCAGCGAGCUGGACAAAUCGCGGCUUCUCGACUACAUGGACAAGGGCCAAGUGUUCUCUUCUGCGUCCAUCGUGGACCUCGCGGUGGACGGCUACCCCACCAAGCUGCCGACGUUCCGCCCGCACGUCGUGCUCCUGCUCAAGAUCGAAGGCGCUUCACAACGCGAGCAGACGACCCAGAAAGACUUCGUGGACAUCGGCCUCCUGGUCGCGCUCGCGGCGGACCUGUCCAUCUCGCAUACGUCGUUCAACAAUUUCCGCAGCCGCGAUGCCUGGAGGCAGCGCAUUGUUCCUGCCGCGCGCCGCUGGGCUGACAAAAGUAACAAGAAGGCGGAGACGGUCGUCAACUGGCUGGCCGACAAAGGUGACAUUUCCAAGGAUCCUGUCACCAAGCAGGCGGCGACGAAGCUGUGGGAGGCGUAUUUCGCGACGCUGCUGAAGUUCAUUGUAUAA